CCUGUGUUUUCCGAGCCUGGCGCGGGAAAGCCGACGGAACGCGGAGGUGCGAAGAGGCGGGCAGGGGGCAAACCGGGCGUAGGUUUUCUCAGGUGGCGCUGCUGAGCUUCCUGGUGCCGCCGAAAUUUGAAGCCACUCGGAACAGCCUCUUUGGAGGAAGCAGCGACCCGGCUAGCCCUCUUUUCCCCUGAAAGGAUUUCCCCCGUUUGUGGCCAUGACUCAUCUCACCAUUCAAACUCUUCGCGAGGUGAUGAAAGCUAUGUUGGAGUCGCCCUGCUUCGAUCGGGUGGCGAAUAAGGUGAAGGUUGUCUCUGCAAACCCUGGGAAAGUGGUCUGUGAAAUGAAAGUUGAAGAGCAGCACACAAACAGAGGAGGGACUCUCCAUGGGGGCCUGACAGCGACUUUAGUAGACAUUGUGUCAACAGCUGCAUUAUUGUACACGGAAAGAGGAGCGCCUGGUGUUAGUGUGGACAUGAAUAUUACGUACAUGUCAUCGGCUAAGAUUGGAGAAGAAAUCCUGAUCACUGCUGAGGUUCUGAAGCAAGGAAAAUCACUGGGUUUUGCCAACGUGAAUUUAACAGAUAAGAUCACAGGAAGAUUGAUAGCUCAAGGGAGGCACACCAAGCAUUUGGGAUACCAGCCAUAAAAAAUAAGAUAAUAUCCUGAGAAGAAUGCAGGAUGGAGGAGUGUACCACAGCCAAUUUCAAAAAUUGAAGUGCAGCCAUUGGGUAAUGAAAUAAUAUUGCAAUGUUGAAAUCUGUUGUUUAAGUUGAAUUGUUGGCCCAAGAUCAGAUUUGUUGGGGUACAAAUGUACACAAGUGCCUGUACAUGUAUUUAUAUCUAUGUACAAACAUGUUUAGGGUGGAUGGAUAAGGUCUGACUUUUAUUUGUUAACAGAACAUACCUGUAAUAAAUUGUUUCGCCUGCUAGGAAAAAUAGUACAGUGGAGUUAAUAUUAAGUGUGAACCUUGAAGCACUGAAGAAAAGAUCAGAGAAAACAGAAGGUUUUUCUCCUGAAACUCAAAGUUCCUUUUGAGUUUCAGCUGUGGGAGGGACAGAUGAUGACAGCUCCUAAGCCGCUCUUUCUCAACUUCAGCAACUUUUAAGCUUGGCUGGCUGGGGAAUUGUAGGAGUUGAAGUCCACACAGCUGCAGGUUGCUGAGCUUGGGAAACAUUGUUCUAAGCACUGGAUUGAAUCAAGAAGAGAAGCUGUUUUUCCCAGAUGUAAUUCUUCCCCUGCAGCUCUGGGUGGAACAACACACUCAGGGAAUCUUUGGGAAGAGCAUAAAAAGCAAUGCUAGGAGCUACAAGGAGGGUUUUCAAAAAAGUAAUGUGGGAUUCAACCCAUUAUGUUUGCAGGAGCUCCAGCUGCCUUUUGUAUUGUGCCUUUAAGCCACAGGGUUCACCUGAACGGUUUUUUUUUAAAUCCAGUGAUGAAUUUAAUGCCCACCUAAUAAAACAAGGUGAAAGUCCAAA